AUGCGCAGUAGAUGCUGGACUUUGCGUAGCCAACAGAAACAUGCGCCUCUUCUGGCAACCAAGGAUGUGAUCGUCCAAUCGCAAAGCGGAACAGGAAAGACCUGCGUCUUCUGCCUGGGUGCGCUGCAAACCGUUGACACAUCCUCUCGGGAGCCUCAGGCCUUGUUCCUGUCACCCACGCGCGAGCUGGCAGAGCAGAGUCAGAAAGUCUGCCUGGCUCUGGGUGAUUAUCUCAACGUCCAGGUGCAUGUCUGCAUUGGCGGAAAGCGUGUGUCAGAUGACAUCCACACUUUCGAAGCCGGCGUGCAGAUUGUCUCUGGCACGCCCGGACGUGUCUUUCACAUGAUUCAGCAGCGCCACUUCAGCACACGCCACAUCAAGAUGUUGGUUUUGGACGAAGCCGAUGAGAUGCUGAACAGGGGCUUCAAGGAGCAGGUCUACGACAUUUACAGGUAUUUGCCGCCUUCCACACAGGUGGUGCUCGUCUCUGCCACCAUGCCGCACGAAGUCUUGGAGAUGACGCACAAGUUUAUGAACAAUCCUUUCCGUGUCUUGGUGAAGCGCGAUGAGUUGACGUUGGAAGGCAUCAAGCAGUUCUUCGUCGCAGUCGAGCGCGAACAGUGGAAGUUCGACACGCUUUGCGAUCUGUACGACACCUUGACGAUCACCCAGGCCGUGAUCUUCUGCAACACGAAGCAGAAGGUGGAUUGGUUGACACAGAAGAUGCGCGACGCCAACUUCACCGUUGCCUCCAUCCAUGGCGACAUGCCGCAGAAGGAGCGAGACGCCAUCAUGCAGCAGUUCCGUUCGGGCACGAGCCGAGUGCUGAUUUCCACGGACCUGUGGGGCCGUGGUUUGGAUGUUCAGCAGGUGUCUCUGGUGAUUUGCUACGACCUUCCGAACAAUCGUGAGCUGUACAUACACCGCAUUGGCCGAUCGGGACGUUUCGGUCGAAAGGGUGUCGCCAUCAACUUCGUGAAGAACGACGACAUUCGUAUCCUGCGAGAUAUCGAGCAGUUCUACUCUACCCAGAUUGAUGAGAUGCCCAUGAAUGUGGCGGACCUCAUCUAA